AUGACUAAGGUGCAGUUUGGGAAGGCUGUGAAACAAAUAAGGACAGACAAUGGCACAGAGUUUGUGAACAAGGAAAUGCUAGGUUAUUACAGGACAAUGGCUAAGUUGAGAAGAGAUCUUUGGCCCUAUACUUUGUUAGCAACAGUACAUAUCAUAAAGUCCUUGCCUACUGAAGUUUUGCAUUGGAAAACUCCUUAUGAAAUGUUGCAUGGAGAAGCACAUAGUUAUGACAGAUUUAAGGUUUUUGGCAGUUUGUGUUAUGCGAAGAGGAACAUACCUCACAGGAGGAAAUUUGACCCAAGAGCUUCACCUUGUGUUUAUCUGGGUUAUGUCAAUGGUGUCAAGGGUUUUAGGGUACUAGAUCUUGAUAGUAAUGAAGUCUUUAUCUCAAGAGAUGUCAUAUUUCAUGAGACAGAAUUUCCCUUUCAAGCGCACAGUACAAAGGAUCAAUCUAUUCCACUACCAGUUGUGCAUGACACAUUGUCAGAAUAUGAAGAAGAUGAACUUACUGAUUCAAAUGCACCUUCUAAGGUAGAUUCUUCUCCUCUUCAACCUGUGAGAAUCACUAGAAAGAAGCAGCCACCAGCUUGGUUGUCAGACUAUGUGACAGACUUGGUGAUUGUUGAUGACACAUUUGUCAAGGAUGCUCAUUCUUUUAUGACUGAAAUUGAGAAAUCAGAAAAUGAACCAUUGUUUUAUGAACAGGCUGUUCAACAUGAGAAAUAG